GUGAUUCCUGAAGCUUUUUGAGCGCAGCAAGCAGCUAUUCGGUGAAGCGAGCUAGCAUCAUGAUGGCGGCUGGUGCAUUGCCAUUGCUGGUUUUGCUUGGGCUUGGCCAGUUGGUUGUUGCAGACAUUUGCCCGGAUGAUAUUGACUCGGACCUGUGCUAUGAUUCUGACGAGUACUCUUCUGGCCAGCGCAUGGCUCCCAACUUCAAUGUGUUGAUUGCAGUCCUCGCCUUUGCGCUUCCCCGAUCAUACCUGAAGCAGGCAGCUUUGACAGCAGCGGCCUUAUUCAGCCUGCCGGGAGCUGCAGCAGUCACAUGUGGCGACUUGAAGACCUUCUACAAGGGCCAGCAGUGCUGUGGAUCAUCCAGCAAAGAGUUGACUGCCACCGUGCCCGGCUGCCCUUACAACUUCAACCCACCAGCUUGCAACAUGGCGGAGCCCCAGACGCCUCGAGAUUUGAGCACUGGAGCACAAGGUCAGAUGACACCCAAAGCAGCGACGCUCACUGAUGCGCAAGCCAAUUUCCUACCAUUGGUGAACGUACACUUCCACUAUGGCGCUGAGCACAAGAGUGAUAGCUACCAGAACGGAACAGACUCAGAAGCUUAUGAUGCAUCUUCGGGCCGUCGUCUUGCCAGCAAUCCUCGCCCUGGCUGGAUGUGUGCAACCGACACUUUGUCAUCUUCUCAGAUGACUCCCUACACUUUCCAGUACUGCAAGGGUGAUGUGCAGGUUGGCAAGUCAUAUGAGGUCCACUAUGUGCACUCUUCUGCUGGUGUGGACUCGGAUAUGACUGAUGGCAUCAAUGCUGACGAUUUGGCGGAUGGCUUGGGAGGUGCUGCCAAUGGCCGUGGCAUUCUGAACCCCAUGGUAGUGGUGCAGGGCCAGGUCUAUCAGAUUGUGUCGGGUGGCCCUACUGUUGAUGACUUGCUGCACGGGUGGACCGUCGUGGGUCAUGAGAACUCGGUGAUGUAUCCUGGUUCAACCACAGGGCAGUCCUGGGACAAUUCCGUGUGCUCUCCUUAUGCCAUUACCUGGCAUGUUGACAAGGAGUGUCAUCAGGUCUCGCCCGAGUCCUUUGACAAUCUCUGCAAAGUGAUGAAAGAGACCUACAACAUGGAGGCUGACUUGUAUCCUCACGGUUCCCGCAAGCUUGUGGAUUCCAAGUUUGUGGUGACAGCAGAGUAUGUGAAGCCCUUGGCUUAAGACCUGACAUGGAGUGCAGGUCUGAAGCAUCCAGUAUAGAUGAUUUUUUAGCCUGAAUUCUGUUUUUGCGCUAGUUUUCACAGAGUUCAUGGGCCCUGCGUUCCCUUUUUCGAUUUUCUAAAAGCCUUAGAGUUUCUAAGUUCUGCCGGCCUAGUCAGGUCGGAGUUGGCAUAAAUCUAUUUUCCGACAAACUGUUUUCUAAAUAGCUUUACUCGACAAGGUGUGGCUAAGCCGCAACUGCGCAAGGGGAGAGUUGUACUCUCUAUGCACUCUCUGCUUGCUGUCGAUAGUUGAUGAUAGAGUGAACAUGG